UUAUCGGACCCGGAUAAUACCGCUAGGUAUGCUGUGUCAGAUAAAACGUGGUGGAAAUGGCGAGUUAUCAAGAGUUAGAAAAUUAGCGGGCUCGGUGCGAGUCCUGAUGGUGGGAGAAUUUAAGUUUUCAGCUUCUCUGCCAGGAGCGCUUCCGAAGGUAUUCACUUCUCUAUCGAUACUAUCCUCGCGGUCACGUGACGUGAGAACCAACCAAUGAAAAACUAGCGGGAGUCCCACGUGAUCGAGAAAAUCGAAAUGGCGGACGUAUCGAGACGCAGGAUCCCACGACAAGUUGAAGGACGAUAACUGGGCAAGGGCCUAGUAGUGUGAUCAUUGUCCAAGAAUAACAAUUAGUCUGAUUUUGACUUGACGAUAAUAAAAUAUUUAGUUAAGAAACUCCAACGAAUUGUUUAUACUAAGAAGCGACGUCAAACGCUAUAACGGUGAAGUGUAUUUGUGCCCUGAGUGAAGGGGACGGACCCGGACAGCGACACACGGGGUUUAAGAAGCAUGCGUGAGAGCCGAGAUUUUUGUUGUCCAGCGUAUAGCAGUGUUUCUGUCACAAGGAAUUCUUCCACAAGACCCACCGAACCUUCUGAAAAACACAAGGAACCCCAUUUCUUCGUUGCAUACCACAGCAUCCCCGACACUGUGUAAAAUACAAUCAUAAAAGUCACAGAAAUUAUUGCAUUUAACAAGUUAAUAUCAUAAAACAUUCGAGAUAAAGCAAUGCCGAUUGAGCAUAAAAAAUUAUAGAAUCUCUAAUAACUUUGGGCCAACUAAGCAAAAGUGUAGAAAUAGCAAUCCCUUGGCAGAGAUUUGAAUUUGAAAUUGGACACAAUUUGGAUAGCUAUGUUAAAGAUAUAUGAUAACACCAAUGUUGGUAUAUUUUUAAGAUUAUUCAGGAAUCUAACAAAUCUAGUUUCAUAAAUUGAAUAUAAAGUCAUUUGUUUGCGUGCUCUGCGAUUAAGUAUUAACUUGUAGUUCGUGGUGACUAUGCUUCAGAACAGUUGUUGGAAGGCUUGCAACAUUUGAUCAUAUCAGUUAGACUGUCAUUUAAUUUGACAAAAACAUAAAUUAUUUGCUGCAAUCCCAUCUAAACCACCUGACCUUCAAAUGAAAUAAAUUAAGAAACAAGGGCUGAAACAAAAGAUUAUCACCUAGUUAUCCAAAAAACAAAAACUCCAAGGUGCCCAAGAUGGAAUGUUCAAUUAUUACCAAACAUAACCAGUGCAUCAAAUGCUGUUGAACAAGAUGUGUAAAAGGUAUUUUAAAUACUUCCAAUGCCAGCUGGAUACAUCAUUGGAACAAGAAGACAAAGUGGUAUUGAAGUUUUUUAUGGACGACGAGGGAGAAUCUUAUUAACCCUAGUAAGAUUCAGGGUUGAGAAUGGAUGCGAAUGGUUCAGGAGUAGUGCAAGUAUUCGUGGGCCAGUGGAGCCCCGAUUACGAAGCACUUUCAAUCAAAGCAACAAAACAAACGUCAUCUGCAGAGAUCGUAGAGUGCAUAAUUGAGCGCUUGGGACUCGCAGAUGUGCCUCACUGUAAUAACUACGAAUUGGCCGAAGUAGUUGGCAAUUCUGUUGGGCAAGUGUGCAAAGAGAGAAGAUUAGGUCCCACGGAAUGUCCUGUUGCGCUGAUGUUACUCUGGCCAAGAAAUGCAGCACAGCAGGAAUACUAUAGGUUCUAUUUACGCAAGAAGCAACCAGACUACUUAUGGUCUGAUAGUAGAUUUCCUAUGGACCCUCAGCUCUUGAAGGAUUAUUUUAAUAGAUUCUUAUAUCAACCUCGAGAUAAAGAAUAUCCAGAUCUUUGCCAAUUGCCAGACCUCAACGAACAAACUCUCCUAGACAACUUAAGAGCAAGAUUUUUAGCUGGAAACAUAUAUACAUACGUUGGCAGUAUCCUGAUAGCAUUGAAUCCGUUCAAAUUUUAUCCAAUAUAUAAUCCAAAGUACGUUAAAUUGUAUCAAAACAGAAGACUAGGCCCAGACAUACCUCCGCAUAUAUUUGCAAUAGCUGAUGCCGCGUACCACUGUAUGUUGAGAGAAAAAAGAAAUCAAUGUAUUGUUAUAAGCGGAGAAAGUGGUUCUGGAAAAACUGAAUCGACUAAUUUUUUACUCCACCAUUUGACGGCGCUCAGCCAAAAAGGAUCACAUGGCAGUGGAGUCGAACAGACUAUCCUCAGUGCUGGACCGGUAUUAGAAGCUUUUGGCAAUGCCAAAACGGCACACAAUAACAACAGUAGUCGGUUUGGAAAGUUCAUUCAAGUUAACUAUAAGGAGAACGGAAUGGUCCAUGGGGCUGUGGUUCAGAAGUAUCUCCUGGAGAAAUCAAGAAUUGUAUCGCAGGGGAAAAAUGAACGAAACUAUCAUGUAUUCUACUACUUGUUAGCUGGAGCCAGUGAACAGGAGAGACAACUGCUUCAUCUUGGAACUAUCAGCCAGUACAACUAUUUGAAUAAAAGUGGUUGCUAUGACCUUGAGAACAUUGACGAGAGGCAUGAAUUCUCUAGACUCAAACAGUCUAUGGAAAUGGUUGGAUUCACCCCUGAAAAGCAGAGACGAUUGUUUGCUGUUCUUUCUGCCGUUCUCUUACUAGGCAAUGUGGAAUUCCAACCGAGAAAGUCUUAUCAUCACCAUGAUGAAGCUGUUGCUGUUAGAAAUCCUGAAGUUGUUGCACUUAUCUCAGAAUUGUUGAGGGUUAAACAAGAUACCUUAUUAGCUGCACUGACUGCAAAAAGGGCUAGAGCAUCUGGUGAAACGUUAGUGAUUAAUUAUAGGCUUCCAGAAGCGAUCGCCGCAAGAGAUGCAAUGGCGAAAUGCUUGUAUGGAGCAUUAUUUGACUGGAUUGUGCUUCAGGUGAAUCAUGCUCUGUUGUCAAAGAAAGAUACCUUGAGGGAUCACCAGGGAAACAGUAUCGGUGUUUUGGAUAUUUUUGGAUUCGAAGAUUUCAAGAUGUGCAACAGUUUUGAACAACUUUGCAUCAAUUAUGCAAAUGAACAAUUGCAACACUAUUUCAACCAGCAUGUUUUCCAAUACGAGCAGCGUGAAUAUCGUAAGCAAGGUAUCAGAUGGACGGAUAUUGGAUACAGUGAUAAUUCAGGCUGUCUGAAUCUUAUCGAAGGAAAGCCCAAUGGUUUGCUGUGUCUUCUGGAUGAUCAAUGCAAUUUUCCUGGGGCAACAAACGAAACACUGCUGCAGAAGUUUAAUUCCGUACAUAAGGAUUCCGCAUUUUAUGAGGCUCCACAGCGCCGGGAGGCUGCAUUUGUUGUUCGACAUUAUGCUGGCACAGUUAAAUAUCAAGCUGCGAAUAUGAGAGAAAAAAAUCUUGAUCUAAUGCGGCCAGAUGGUGUUGUUGGUGUACUGAAAAAUUCGUCGCUUGCUUUUGUUCGGGAGCUCGUUGGGGCUGAUCCUGUUGCAGUGUUUAGAUGGGCGAUUCUCAGAGCUUUUUUUCGAGCUCAUUUCGCUUUUCAGGAAGCGGGUCGCCUUCAUAGGCAUGGCAGGGCCGAUGGCAACAAAUCUUUGGUGCAAAAUAGGUACAGGACACCAAACGAGAAUCUGAUAAGUUCACACAAACAUAGUCGUCUACCAAGUUAUCAGAAGCAGCGCAGUGUCUGCUUACAACCAGGAACCCCAACUGCUACAUUAACACAAAACGAAAACCACGACAAUGUAAACAACAACAACCGGCUAUCUUGGCCGCAGUUUAGAAACGUUAAUCAGAUUCAACAUGUGACGAAUGUCUCUUCGUCGAAAAGUUACUUGAUAAAGGGAAGGGAUGAUCUGCCCGAUGGCCAUAAUAAGAUCAAGCGGGGCUCUCACACACCUCUUGAAAAAGUGCUUCCAAAAGAUGAAGCAAAUGUCAUGGAACGCGCUAAUCAGAUCGUUAUGAAAAAUAAAUCAUUUCGACCACGGGAGCGGGGCAAAAAAGGGUUGAAGAAUCUUCAAACAGUCAAAACACUUGCAGGACGGACUCAGAGCUAUGGUACAGGAGGGGGUCCUGGGAAGGCUAGGAAACAACCUAUGACAGUUUCAGCUCAAUUCCAACAAAGUCUGCACAGUCUAAUGGACACUCUGAACCAGGCUAAUCCCUUCUUUAUUCGUUGUAUUAAAAGCAAUGCUAAUAAGGUUCCAAAUGAGUUUGAUGAAGAAACAGUGCAGCGACAACUCAGGUAUACAGGCAUGCUGGAAACAGUACGGAUAAGACAGGCUGGAUUUAACGUUAGACUAGCCUAUGAAGAGUUUAUCCAGUUGUACCGAAUGCUACUUCCCAAAGGUCUUCUUAGUUCCCAGUCAGACGUUAGAGAUUUUCUGCUUACUUUAAAUCUAAACAGAGAUAACUACCAGCUUGGAUCUACUAAAGUGUUUCUUCGUGAGUCCGAGAAAAUCAAGUUAGACAUCGAGCUACACCAGCAAAUCAUAACGAGUAUCACAACUAUACAGAAAUGGUUCAGAGCUUGUCUUGAAAGAAGAAAAUUCAUCAAGCUAAAAAAUGCUGCGGUUCAAAUACAGUCGUUUUGGAGAAUGGUUUCCGCUCAGAGAUUAGCUCAAAAUAUACGUCUGCGUAUCGAUGCUGCAAUACAUAUUCAAGCUUCAUGGAAAGCUCAUAAGCAGCACUCAUGGUUCAAAAAGCUAAGAUCCAGCGUCAUUGCCUUUCAGGCAUAUGUCAGAGGCAACAAUGCAAGGAAAAUGUUCCAAGAGCUCAAGAAAAAGAGAGGAAUUCCAACUGACGUUUUGACUGACAGGGAAUUACAAAAAAGAAGAAUCGAACAUUCUGCCAUUGGCGGAGAAAAGAGAUCCAUCUACGAGGGCAUAGAACAUAUAGAAUCCGCUUUUGAGGACAAAAAGACUUACACCCGAUUUCGAGAUGCUGAUGAAACAAGUAAAGAGGAGCAUCUUCCAUCUCAAGUAUCACCAGCUUCUAGCGAGAAAUCACCCACAGAUCCACCGAAGAGCACAGAAUCUCAUGAACGUAUUAUACCCCCUCAAAGGAUGGAGGAUACAAUCAAAGAGGCUUUAAUCGUGGAUUCAAACAUUUCAUACUCGAAGCGAAAGUUGAGCAGUAACAAACGUUUGCUUAACGAUCCUUCUGCACCUUUGAAAACUGUGGAUACAUUUUACAGUGAUAAUAUGACGGAUCGUAAGGGCAGCGUUGAAAGUUUGGCGAGUCUAAGAAGUUAUGAAUCUCAAGUAAGUGCCGAUAGUUCUGAGUCCCACUAUUCUCAGGAAAAUGUUGUCGGCUCCAACUUGAAUAAUAAACCUGUACCAACCACAAGAGCGAAACGAAGCGAACAAAGUCCAUUAAUCUCUGUGAAUACGAAUCCAAUGCACCUCAAUCGAACAUCAGCAACGAACAAGAGAACAGACAGUACCUCAACUGGAUACAGUGAUGGAGAAAUUGAUGUGGAAACACCCAAGGCUGUACAAAGCGCACCUCCGAUGUUUACAUCAUCGCCUGUCUUUCCUUCACCUCAAGUUAGAUAUCCUAAUUCAAGUCUAACCCACAGUCCUAGUGCUGAUAUUUGGCGGAGAAGAGCCGAUUUCGCCUCAAGCGAUUUUAGUGAUUAUCUAAUGCCAUUUCCACCGAAGUCUGUGAUUACUCGAUCAACGAAUGUGUCACAGUACCAAAAUAUUACAGAGACAUUACUGGAUCAAGCGAUGUUAGGAUCUAGAAACGAAGCAUCCAACUAUAACGUCAAGCUUGAUUCUAACGAACGAUUUCUCAGAAAAGAGAUCAACUCAAGUCGAGAACACAGGAGGCUCUGUGACAACACCAUGUCCAGUGAUCGUUUGGAUAGUGUUACAAAUUCGUUGGUGAAAUUAGAUCUUUUUGGUUCGAAUAAAGAUAUCAAAGACUACGUUUUACGUCGACAAAAUUCGGAAGGUGACACCACUGGCAAAUUAGACUUAGCGAUAGAUGAUGUCUCCGGAAAAUCACCAUUCAAAACUUCUUUAAUUUCCAAAGACAGAGAUACAGUGAAUAAGGAUAAGUCAGAACCAGAUGUUCCGGUUAGAAGUGCGCGAAGAAAUAGACCAACAAGAGAGGUUCAGUGUCGAUCGAUGGGUGAGAGUGUAUCUGAAACAAACACAAACGAGGCGAGGAAUCUCUUCCUUGGAACCAUCAAAGAGGCCGACUUGAACAAAUCUUCUAAUGUUUGGGCUAGGAAACAUACCUCUAAUGAAUCAACAGCAAGAUCUAUUACAGAUUGGCCUGUAAAUAAGCUUGAACCAAUUUAUAAAGGCCAAUCAGCUGGCAAGCGUAUCAGAGCUAACGCUGUACCACCGUUAGAAUUGCACAGGAGAAAUUCAGAUCCUGCAACCAAAGUUUCUGGGCUUAGUGUAGAUAAAAGUUUGGGAACCGAUACUAGUCCAAAUGACUUGAAGCUUCCCCCGGGAACAGAUCUCCUGGAAUGGAAAGGCAACCUUCUUAUCUUGGCUGGCCAUCGAUUUAGAAAAGUUGCCAGAUAUUCUAAGGACGAUGUGUGCAUAUGCUGUAACGAAAAGAUGGAUGCGUUUGUAACACAAGGAUAUAAAUGUGGUGAUUGUAAACAACUUUUUCAUGUCAAGUGUAUUCAGAAUGGUGGCGUACUUAGAAUGCGGUGUUUAUCACCGAAUACACCUGAUCGAAGGAAACACCGAAAAUUACGGCCGCAGUACGAAGCUGCAAAACAAGCCGUGGCAUCAAAAUUCAGUUUAACUGGAACCUCUGCUUUUUCGGACAGUACAGAUAAAAUAAUUUCUGAUGCUAAAGAACUCGCGCUCAUGCAAGACUUUAUUACAAAGAAAAUCUACAAAAUGGAAGGCGAAGAGGAAGGUAAAAAGCCAAGCGAGGUAGAUCGUGUGUUCAAACAAGCGCUAGGAAAAUUCAAGGAUGAUUUAGUUAUCACAUACAGUGUUGCUAUUCAACACGGAGUCGAGGGAAACAUAAAAUAUACCGAUUUAAUAGCAAACUUUUUGCAUGUUAUGGAAACGGUAUGUAAGCAAGAAAAUACCAGAGAAGAUUUCCCCGUUACAAUGGGUGUAAAUGCAUUUCGAGGAUUCAUGAAUGAGUUCAUGAAUCUCGUUAAAAACGAAGCUCCAGAAAAGCAAAGUAAGAGCAAACGGAAAAAGGAUAAAAAACGGAAGCAAGAAGAACCCAUACAUCAUGGAAAUCACACCUUUCAAUUGACUAUCAUCAAUAUCCCAACGGCUUGUGAAGUUUGCUCUUCCUUCUUUAUGUGGCCAAUCGAACGGGGCCUUGUCUGUCAGAAUUGCAAAUUGACAUGCCAUAAGAAGUGCUAUGGAAAAGCGACUGCGGAAUGUGGAAAAGAAGGAUCGCUGCUCGAGUUGAAUUCACGUAAAGUUUUUGGAAUUCCAUUAUUCAAGUUGGAUUGCGGCGAUGGAAAAGUACCUCUCGUUGUCGAUAGACUGAUCACAACGAUAGAAAUGCAUGGUCUUUACACAGAAGGUUUGUACAGGAAGAGUGGGGUGAGCUCUAAGGUCAAAGAAUUGAAGGUGAAAAUGGACGAAGGUGCAUUAGAAAAGGUAGACUUUGAAAAUUAUCAAGUACAUGUUCUGGCCGCUGUCUUGAAAAGUUUCUUCAGGGAUAUGCCCGAACCUCUGUUAACAUUUGAAUACUACGACGACUUUCUACACGCUGCUAAUCUCACCGAUCCGCAUGAUCGAAUCUGCACCCUUUUUGCUAUCCUGAAAAAACUUCCAAAACCGAACUUCGACCUCAUGGAACGAUUAAUUGUUCAUCUGGCAAGAGUCGCUCUCCAUGAAGUUGACAACCGAAUGUCAUCUUCUGCUCUGGCUAUUGUAUUCGCACCUUGUAUCCUGAGAACAAACAGAACGCUUCCUGCGCAGGAUUCGUUGCAAGAUGUAGGCAGACAGACUCGAUGUGUUGAAACAAUUGUACAAGAGAAGUUGCGAGUUGUCAGGGCUACUUUGGCUGAUAUUAAUACCUUAGAGACUGCGUGCCACACUGCUACUCAUCGCCUAUCUAGUCUUCGAUCGUCCAAGAUAUUUAGUCCUGAAGAACUCGGGAUUGCAACUCCUAGUGUAUUAGUACGUGGUGGUAGUACCGAACGUGGAGAUGAAGAAGAAGCACUUCUCGUCGGUCACAUACAAGAAAUACAAAAAGAGAAAGCUCUUCUCACUUCCACUCUGCCCAGCCUGACAAGAGCUUCAUCCGACGAUGAUCUACUUUUGUCCGCUACAGAUAUGGAUGAUGGAUCUCUUGAUGACCUCAUGCCGCCUCCUGGUGAUGGAAUUCCACGGAAAAAAAUCAUCCACAGACAAACUUCAGCAGAUAACGCUUUUCCCACCGUCGUGAAUGUCGAUGAAGACAUGGUAAUGGUAUGACCAGUGGUUCUUAUCCACCGAUAACUUUGUUGUUAAGUAUAUUAGGUGAUAUGAAGAAUACCGAUAUUACGAACAAAAAAUUGGCUCUUCAUGCAACUUCUCCAUGGUUCUGCUUUCAAUUGUCGUUGGCUAACAUUAUUGGGAAUUUGGUGUUUAGUGAAAUUGACUUAAGGUAGGUUGAAAAUUUGUUAACUCCAUUCAACACAAAGUUAGUGUUAUAAAUAUCUCUAAUUAUAUGAAGUUCAUAAAGCAAGGUGUACAAAAAAAAUAUUUCGAAAAAGAAGAAAAAAAACAUAAAUUAUUAUCAGCACAUGGAUCCGUUAUCAAGCGAGUGAUCUUUCAAUGUGAUGUAUAUUUUAUUUGGACACUUUGCAUGUGAUAUCAGCUUGACGAGAAGUAAUGAAGCUUGUGUGAUAUCAUUUAAUUAUUUAGAAUGCAUUCCUUAUAAAAGACUGCCGUUCGUAGCUGUUUAGAAACCGUCAUUUGGGCAUUCGUUUUUUAUUUUUAGUCUUGCUUUAAUCUUCUAUUAUUACACUGUAACAAUUAUUUCGCAUAAGUGUGCCAAUGCUUCGUCAGCUGCUUUUUUAUGCAACAAAACUAAUCUUAAUAAUAACGAAGAUAAGUACGUUCUUCAUGUUUAGGCUAAUGUUUCUUCUUCAGUCAGAAUCAAUCGUGUUGAUCGGGUUUUAAUUAUGGGUGGGGAGUCUUGUGGAUUAACAAUAUGGAGUUGACAAAUGCAUUUGAAAAGUUUUUAUGAGUAUUAUUUUUCCAAGCACCCAAGCUGUGUAGCCAUACGGCUCAAAAUUUAUUUAGAUUAUUAGAACCAAAGGAGAAAGUUAUCCAAAUUACUGUUUGCAUAAAGAGACAAAAAUUUUAAACAAAAAUAUUGUGUGCACACUGUACAUAUUAUUAUACCAUCAUAUUCUGUUAUUUUUGUCACAUUUAUCGAAGUGUUGACAAGAUUAUAUUUCUACAAUUGUCGGUAGGUAAAAUUUUUGAUACUAUCCCUGGAAGUAUCUUUACCCAUUAACGAACUUUUUAAUUUCACUGCGAUUUGUUUUUAAAACUGUUAUUUUUCUUCCGAACUGAAUAGGCUGACUGAUGAGAUUUUUUACUUCAGAUGAUCAUUACAUUUUGUCUACGAUUUGACAUCGGCCCCCCUCACUUUUCUAUGACUCCUUUUAGCUUUUUGUUUGUCAUUAAAAUAGAUCUUUGCAUAUUUUUAUUUUAAUCGUUAACGAUCAAACGAAGAUUAAAUGUAAUAGUGGAAAAGUAAUCUUUGAGAAGAAAAAAAAAACAAAAGAAAAACAAAAAAAAUUAAUCGACGAAGACGCUUGUCGUUCGACUCCAUAUCAAAGUUAAGUUUUUGAUAAUUAAUUCGGUAUAAAGUUCAUACAUGGUCACAUGCAUACCUAAUAUAAAUAAUAAGUUCAUCCGAACAAAUAGUGGUGACUGCUACAUGAUAUUAUAAACCCAGUGUUUGAAUAAUCGGGACAAUUGAAAACCACGUAGGAUACAGUCUUCGAGUACCGAUUUGCAAGCAUAAUAAUUACCGUGAAUAUUAUGUGUUAUUCUAAUACGAUUGGUCUGAUAUUCUUCCUUUGUGAGAUUUCCAAGGGCUCAGCGUACCUUUUAGCGUAAUUAAACAGCACUGUACAAUUUUUAAGUCCUAAUCACAAAGAAAGGCAAGUGGCUCGUGUUACCAACGUAGACAUUUUCCGAAACAUUAUUGCUCCAGAUCGAUGAUGUUAAUUUCUAAAACCAACUCUACCUUUUCGGUCGCAACAAUGAAAUUCAAUAUUCAAGUAAAAACAGUGUGAGCAGGUGAAACUGAUCAAUACUUUACUGGUUGAGCAAUGGGUUAAUGUAGCAGACGUGCUAAUUGGUAACACAAGCCUUCCGAUUUGUUUAAUCUGUGUAGUACUGUGUUAAGAAUUCGAUUCUGUAAAUAACGGGAUUAUUAAACGUACUAGGAUUAUGCACUCUUUACUUAAAAGAAAAAAAAUGUUGUCUGUUCUUCCAGAUCUACUCUAUUUAACUACAAUGUUGUUACUUUCAGAGGUUUUUAAAAAAGGAAAAGUAAGAAAAUUAAAAAUAAAAAAAUUAAUCAUAGUUAAUGAUAACAAGAUUACAAUUUUUAACGAGUUUAUUAACCGACAUUUGUCGUGAUAAUAUUUUAACUCUUUUAGACUAUUUAAAAAAAGAAGUAAACGAUUGUUUCGAAAUCUUUUAUGCUUUAUAUAUUUCAAAGUAUGAUAUGGAAAUAAGUAACUUGGAGGAGGUAUGAAGCACAGAGAAAAUCGAAAAGAGAGAAAUUAGAAAAUUAAAGCAUAAAGAACAACCAUGUAAUUGUUAUUUUCCUAUUAUUGCCAUGACAUCUUGGUGAGCUUGAACAAAACAAAAUGUUACUAUUGAAAUUAUGGCAAAGAAAUUAUUUUUAACUCAAUCCCACAAGCACGGUUUUAUGACGCACUUGAGUGUUGUACUGUUUCACGGAAUAAGAAAUUGUGCAGUUUAGAUUUAUAUCUAGAUAUUUGUUGUCGAAGUAUAAUUAUAUAUAUAUAUAUAAAAAUAACAAUAACUAAACAUUAAUUAUUAUUAACUAAUAUAUAUAUUAUGAACACAUACGCUUCUAUUGUGCAUGGUGCUUUCCAUGGGUGCCAGGUGCGAGCAGUGAUUCUACUUAAUAAUUUGUUAUUCAAAAUGACUACACAUAAUUAUUAUAUAUUCUUAAGAAAAGAAGAAAUUGAUUACUUUUUAGUCUCGAGGUAUGGGGAGCGUGUCACAUGUAUACCUAUAAAUGUAACUGAGUACUGACACAAACACUCAUGACAAUAUUGUGUAACCGGUAAUCAGACUUAUUGCUUAAGAACAAAUGAAAAUGCAAAAAUAACAACAAUCAUUCUGUAAGAAAUAAUUAUGAUCAAAAGUUUUCGGUAGCAUGUUAUUAUUAUUAGCUGAUUUUGACGAACCAUGUUAAAAAAACUCUAGGGUACAAAAAAAUUAUAAUUCUCUGCUAGUGCUAUUGCAGUGGUCAGUGCGCUAUGAGAAACUUUCAUAUGUAAAUCAAAAAAUUUACUGCAAGCUAGUUUUACCACAUUUCGUACCAUCAGUUUGUCUACCCUGAGUGAAAAUACCGAAUAUCGAGGCAGGGUAGAUUACUGCGACAGCUUAGUUUUGAACGCGUAGUUCCUUGAUCUUAUAAAGUUGAUGCCGUCAGAUUUGAUUUAACAUGAUUGAAGGGAAACCAUGCGAGGCUUAAAUAAUAUCCCAAAAUAACUACGAGGGCAAACGAAACCUUGUAUUUUAGAAAUUAAUCCUAGUCUGAUAAUGAGAAUUAUAUCACCUCUGGAGUUUUUUUUUGGUAGAUCACUCCAACUUUAUCGGUAGUAUUCAUAAAUGUGGUUUUUCAUUUAUACGUGAUCUGAGAUGUGGAUUAUAGUUCCGUUGGGCGGUCAAAAGUGAAAACGGAAAUAGUAAUAAACCGGGCGUGUUCGAUGGUAUUUAUUAUUAUAUGAGUACAGAAAUUUAGAUGCUUGCAUUACAUGUCAUGUGGCACAAAAUCAUAUCAUACCUACACAUACCUAUAUUUAACUAAAUAAUAAUAAUAAUAAUAAUAAUGAUAAUGAUAAUACCUAAUGAAAAAAUAACGAAAUAUUAUUGAUUAUAAAAUAGUGCUGUAUUAUAUUUUAAUCUGUACAAAUUUGUUAUAAAAACUUUAGUUGAGAUUAUUUCUAAGCUUUUCUUUUCUUUUUCUUUUUUGUUUUCUUUUUUGUUUUUUCUUAUUUUUCCUCCAUACGUUCUCGUAUACAUGCAUAUAUACAAAUGUAUAAAAUAUUCUCAUACUAUCGAGUACGUAGUUUUAAAAAUGAUUUUGUGUUUGUGCCAUCCAUGCUGGCAUCUUAUCCAACCAGGUCGAAGUUUGAUGAGCACCCAUUUAUCAUUUUUGUUCUACGCCGCGCAAGAAUUUUAUUACACACACAUAUAUAGAUACAUUGACAGUGUCCAAAAUACCCCGGUCAAACCGAACAAAAAUUUAAAAAAAAAAAGGAAAAAAAUACAAACGAAAAACAAAAAAAAUGCUAGUAACCACUAAAACGUCGCGAUAUUAUGCUCUUCCCGUUUGUGUCUUGGCAUAAAUCUAAGCACGAUAAUAUAUGUGUAUAUAUCUAUGUAUAUAUGUAUACAUAUACUAUAGAUAUAGAUACACAGAUAUAGGUAUAUAUAUAUACGAUGAUGGUGAUGUAUUUGUUAUUUUUCUUCGAUGUAUGAUGUGAGGAUGCGUGUUACCAACAUUAGGUAUUAUAUUAAAAGAACGACAGAUAUAAAGAAGCAAAAGAAAGGAAACAAAUAUCGAUUACAAAUUAAGUUCAAUGAAAAAGAAAUCUCAUUUAUCUAUAUAGUAUAUUUUAACAUUUACACCCAUGUAUAUCCAAUAUUAAUAAUAAUUAGCCUUUAUCGUAUGUUAUAUCGUAUUAAUCGUUAUCUUUUUAUCCAACGAGAGAAAGUACUAUCGAACUGUCACUUUAAUUUAGUUUAGUUUAAAGAAUAAUAUAGCAGAAGAAAAAACAACAUUUAAAAAUUCUAAGCAUCGUUUUUUCAACAGAAUUUUUUAUGUUUAUUAUUACGAUUCUUAUUAUUAUCGAACGUGUGUGAAUAGGAAGUACGUUGUUGAAAAUUAUGAAAUGAAAACUGACGUUAUGAUCCAACGUUAUAUACGUGGACAGAUAUACAUAUGUAAUAUUGUCUUUUAUGGAGAACGCUUUUCUGGUCGAAAUGUAUUCUCUUUUUUCUGGUGCGUCAGAAUUAUUCAUUUAUUGCUGUAAUUGGCAAUGCAAAACUUAAUUUUCAUUCACCCCAUGUCACUUUUUUGUUUCAUUCUAUUAUUAUUAUCAUUUUUUAUUCAUACAUGGAUAAAGUACCACUUCCGUCGAUUGCUUUGCGUGGAAAAUGAAACACGACAAAAUAUGAAAGAGAGAUACGAUGAAAAAGAAAAUAUCAAAGAAAAAAAAGAAAAAUGACGUGCUCAGCCAAAAGACUUCUUUCUCAACGAUUUCAUGUAAUGUUCAAGUAGUUCGCAUGGUAUUGUUGAAAUAUUUGAAUUUAAUUUUACUAUAAUUAUAGUUAAUAUUAUUACUAUUAUAAUUUUUAUAAUUUUUCUUUCUCUUAUCAGAGUUUCUAGUGCUGAUUUGUUUCAACAUAUUUCACCUACAAGUAGACAAAUAUAUACAUAAGAUAUUUAUGUGUAUUCAUUCCUAGGAAACGCUAUUUAUUCUACUUACAAAAUGAAUCGUGUGUCCUAUUAUUUGCGUUCUAGUAGAAAAUCUGUGCUUCGGACUCUGAUGAACAAUUCAGCAUUUUUUGGUGCGAGAUCACCAUGUUAUUAUUACAAUUACUAUUAUUAUUAUGAUCACUAUCAUAAACUACGUUUUAUUUUUUAUUAUAA